CAUUCAAGCCGUGAAAAUACAAGAAAACUGCUCAAUUUCGGUAAAAAAGAUACGAAAAAAGAGAGCAUUAGAUGAAUCAGAUGUUAUUAAUCGCUUCGAAAUGGAAAGAGUAUCUCCUCUUUAUGAUAUCAUUAGACAAUUUCCUCCAUUUGAAGAUGAUUGGAUACCACCCGCCUUUACUAAUUUGCCAUCACUGUUCACAAACAUCCCAUCACCUCCAACAAUACUUCCACUGGAUAUUCCACCUACAUUCAAAAUUGAUGUAACCAAAGAUGGACAUCAUGUGGUCAGCGAAAGUGGGAGACGAAAUGGUCCCAACUCAGCUUUGAACUGGUGGUAUGCAGUAAAUUCGUAUUCAAACGUGAGUGAGUACAACUAUACAAAUAACUACAGGUACCCCAAACCUAUUAUCAGCCAUCGAAUUGAGCUUAAAACGCAGUCUCCUCGAAAGUCAGAUGAAGACCACGUGUUUAACAAAGUGCUAGGUUCAAGCACUGGCCACGGAAGUUCCAUAGAUGAAGUGUUCCUGAAAUUAGAAACCACGCCAAGAAUGAUUUCUACUACAGCGCCAGCUCCUGUUACUCAGAAACCAAACAUAACUACACGAUAUAUUCUGUUGCAAUCCGGAAGGAUUGUUCAGAUCAAUGUUACUUCUGUUUCUGCUCCUCUCAAACAAACUUCUACAAAUGGUAGAAACCCCAAUUUACCACCAGUCUUUUUUGGCAGUCGGAUAAGAAAUAAAAACUCGUCUACAACUAUAGGUCCUAAAGUUCAAAAUAGAGCUGAUAAUAGCCCCAUUACAAACCUAAAUCGAGAAUUAGUAAACCAAAAUCAACAAUCAGAAGUAAACAAAAAUAGAGCAGAGAAACUAACUGUCAGUCAAAAAUUCCAAACUCGAGUUGACAAUAGUCAAAAUGCAAACCUAAAUCGAGAAUUAGUAAACCAAAAACAGCUACCAAACCUUAAUAAAAACAGAGCAGAAAAACUAAUAGAAGUAACUAUUAAACAGCCAGAAGCUCUGACUAAGGAGCAUGCACCCAUACGAGAAACAACAACAGCAUCUACAUUUAAAAAUGCAAUAAAACCAGACAUAACAAAAUCUACGACUCCAUUAAAAACAAUGGCUCUGACGACAAAAAUCCCUUCUACAAGUAGGCCAAUAGACGUAAGAACUAUAUUUUUGGCUCCAGCUUCAACAAUACCCACCACUACUGAUAGAACUAUUGUCUCAACUAAAUCGAUAGCAACCACAACAACUAGAGCUUUGGUGUCAGCUAGGACAGUACCUGUCACAACGAUUAGUGCUAUAGUCUCAACAAGGCCAAUACCUACUACCACAGCUAGAGAAGUGACUCCAAUAAAAGCAGUAGCGACUGCAGCUAAAAGUAGUAUAAUCUCAAGUACAGUAGCUCCUUAUGCCACAAAAAGUUCCACUUUGCCCGUUUUGACUGGUAGGAGAGAAACUUUACCCCCUAAGAACAUAAUCGAAACUAUUUUCAAUGUCUUGCAACCAGGUACAUCUAAAUUCCCAUUUCUUGUCGUCAACUUUGACCCAACAAAAGUUAAUUUACCAGGGACAAAAAGUUUUAGUGCUGAACUGAGAGAAGCACCCGCAAGUAGCACUUUCGCUGGUGUUAAUACUUUCCCCACUGCAUCUAGAGAAACAACUGCGAAAAGCACAUUCUAUUCCGUGCCUAGGGAAACACCUGCUAGAAACUAUUUGCAUGCUACACCAUUUCAAAGGAAAGAUGAUAAAGCAAAAUAUUUCACUAGUAAGAUAGAGUACGAAAAGGAAGAUUCAAAUAAACCUAAAAUACUGCAGUACAGCUUUACGACACCAAUAAAAAAGCCAAAUGUUUUGCAAACUCAAAAAAUUCCAUCUAAAGUCCCCACAUCAUCAAUUAUUGAAUCUACGAGUGGAAAUCAAAAUAGCGUCAAUCCAAAACCUGGUAAUAAACCUGCUUCAUCCAGAGAACGAGAAUUCGAUCCUGUUUAUGACUUUUCAACAUUUGGUGAACCUUUGCCCGAGACAAGUCAUGAAUUUUUCCGAAUUGUAACUCUACAACCAACAGCUUCCGUUAGCCAACGUUCUACAACCACUUUGAAGGAGAACAUUGUGCAAACAAAACCUCCCGGCUACAGAGGCAUUGGGCAUGUACAGCAAGUAUUCCCCAGAAAUCAAAGAAUCACUUCAGCGUCUACAACAGCCUUAACACAUUCUACCACGCACUUUUCUGUACCACAGUCGACGAGAAAGUCUCGACAAAAUGGAUUUCACCUCAGAAAUUCAGUGGGAUUUCAAACAAUCCCACCAACUGCCCUCUCUGAUAGAAGAUUCUACUCGGCAACGACUCCUUCUCCACUGACAUCAGCCACAACUGAAGCAAACUCUGUGAGAAUGCGAAUGGCUGAAGUACUUGCUUUUAAAUUUGAACCAACAAGAAGAAGUGUUUUGACUGCUCACGAAAUUGGGAAAACCCCUUCAGAUUAUCCUAUUACACAAACCUUAUCAACCCCAACUGCAAGACAACGUAGUACUACAAUAAGACCAAACAGAGCCAAUGUUCUUUUCAGAGCCCAACCAACAAGGCCUACUACUGGCACAGUACGCCCAACUGUCGCCAGAAUUGCAGAAUCAACAACUGCUCCAAAAUCUCGGUACUCAACUACUGCAUAUCCAAUACCUAUAAGAAGCCAGCGAAAGUCAGACUCUAAUUUGAGAGUGCAAGAUUUAAAAGAAAAAGUGGAGCCAGUUUCAAAUUCUUCGACAACUAGUUCAACCCCAAAGCCUUUCAGAGUCUAUUUUUUCGAACCAAAGAGAAAGUCAAGGAAAAAACACGAUGACAAUCGAGAAAGAGAAAGUUAUGCUCCUUCUUCAACUACCGGUACGAGAGAAGGACGCAAUCUUCCAUUAAGACAGCCUACAGCAAACAUAAUCCCAGUAAGACAGCCAACAGCAAACAGACUUCCAGUUAGGCAGCCAACUUCAAACAUAUCGCCAGAGAGGACAGUUAACAUACAUCCAGUACAUCAGCCACCAGAAUACAUAACUUCACCGAAGCAACCUGUUAACACGUCCCCAGCAAGGCAAGCUUCUGUAAACUUAUCUCCAGCAAGGCAACCAGCGAUAAACAUACCUCCAGCAAAGCAACCAACCAUAAACAUAACACCUCCUGCAAGACAGCCACGUCUAAGCGUAUCUCCAGCAAGAGGUCGAUCAAAUGAAAUUCGAAGAACAAAUCUCAGUGCUCAAUCUGCAAUAAGUACUACACCUGAACUUGAAAGACAAUCUGUCAGAGAUACAAGAGCAAAUCAUCAAAAUGCAAAUCGUCGCCUAACAGCAACCACACGGGCAGAAAGUAGUAGUUUCGAACCAUCAACAACAGCGCCGAAGAAGACAAAGAAACCCUGGUACGGUCCUUUUAUCCGUCACAGACCAAACGUUGGUACCGGUACGACAACGUUGCUAUCAACCGAAGAGAGAUUAUUAUCGGAAGCGCCGUCUUCUGUUCACAUAACGCAAAUAAGAAAUCAUCCUACUGCGGUAUCUGAUGCCAUUUCUAGAAGACCUUUUCGUGAUUUUGAAAGAAUAAGAAGGCUACGUUCGACAUGAUAUAGAAUGUUAAAAUGAAUCAUAGUAUUUCAAAAUACCCGCUGCAUACAUGCGGAACAUUUCCUAAAUCAUGCAAUCCGAAUUCAUGAUUGUGUCAUUGAAGAGAAUUUAUUUAGGAAUCGACUCAUUAUUUCAUGUACAUAAAGACUUUUUUUUAUAUAUGUAUUUCAUUAAGAAUAAGGGAAACAUGUAUUUACUAAUUUAACUUUGUAAGUCAGGUACUAAAAUAUUAUUAAUUGAAACAAUUUCAAGAUUUAAAUUUCUACGAUUCUCUUAUUUGCCCUGUAAUAGUUAAAACGCAAAUGAGAUAAUCAUUUCCAUAUUUGUCGUACUAACUCUAAGUGUAUAAGUAGAAAGCCAUAAUUUUUACACUGUAACUAAAAAUAUAGAAAAGUCUUGGUUUUAGACCAAUAAGCGAUCUAUCUGUAUUCAAUAGACAUUUACUAUUUUAAUCGAUAAAUGUUCUUUAGUUUUUCUCUUUUAGUCCCACUUCCCGGUGUACAUUUGCUCGGUAUACCCUACACUGAUUUUUUUUAAAAAGUUUAAUGUCACUAACCGGUAUACCCUGCACCCAUUACUUUUAUUUUUUUUAAGAUUAAGAUUGCCCAGUAUACUCUACCAUGUUAUACUACGAUAGUGCCACUUUUUGAUCCUCAAAGUAACUAAACUACGUUGAUUAUACAAGGGGACAAUGCUAUACUCUUUUCAAAUGCCCGACUUACAACAUGGUUAAAAUAAAAUUUGAUAACUGUUGAAGAUCACUUAUUUGCCCUUCUUUUUAUGUGUGCACAAUUUUAAAGUUGGUUCCUAAGAAUAUAAGAUUUAUAAAGCUUUUCUUUCAAAAUAAAAAAAAAUCUUGAACAUAUAAAUUGGAAAAAAGAAAAAUACCAUUAUUUUAGUUUAGUAGUAAUAACCAAAUAACCUCUUGAUUUGAUAACUUUAAGUGCAUAAAUAUGUAAGCAGCUUUGUUCGUUUUGAAUAUUAUAAUUUGAAAGUUAAAGAAAAUUCUAUCGUUUUAAGCUAACAUAGGACCUUUAAAUUCGUCAACCAAAAUUUUUUUUCAAUUUUUAUAUGUUUGCAUGUCACAUAAGUUACUGAACAUUCUGCCUCCCUUGUCACUUGACUAUUUAAAGUGGCAGUAAAUCAUAUGUUUUACCAAUUACUUUUUGAUUUAAUAAAAUUGCUUUCAAUUAUUUUUGGCCAACACUAUGCAUGUAUGCAAACAAAUAUGUAGGAGUUAAUAAUUAUGCUGCAGAGACGUUUAAAAUUGUUUGGAAAACUAAGCAAAUUGAUUUUAUAUUAAUUAAAUUUACUAAAAUAUUACUUUGAAUUCACUUUGAAUACUGCACUUCCGGGUUGGCUUUUACGUAUAAAAAGCACUAAGAAAGUAAUAUAGUAAAUCAUCUAUGAUAGCCACAGUCUGAAAAAUGUGAAAUGUGGUGGAGAAAGCAUCUUGGGAAUAUUCAAAAUUUUUAAAGUGUUAAAAUUUCAAUUUAUUUUUAAAAAAUCUGCUGACCGCACUUUAGCUCAAAUAGUUAAUAUACAAAUUGUUUUUAGUACAUAGAAAUUCAUUAAAACAUUUUUCGUCCAUUUUAUUCAACCAGUGUUUGAAUUUUGAUAAACUGUGGCCACCCUAAAAUCACAUUAGUGUACUAAAAGGCUAGUUAGGCAAAGUAUCACCACUAAGUACCCCUUUUCUAUUUUCAAAACUAAAAAAUGAAAUUUUCAGCACGAAAGAAAAAUGGUAGAACAAUUGCUUCAUUUUUCUAAUUAUUUUCAGAAAACUGCGCCACUCUUAUCCAUGGUGAUAUAAUAACUUAAAUGUGUGUCUGGAUAGACAUUUUGUGACUUUUAUCAUAGUGUGAUUUACAAUAAUGAAAUUGCCACUUGAUUUUAAGUUGAAUAACAUACCACUUUUUCUAUGGAUGAUGUGUUCGCAUUUUAUAAUGAAAUGAAUGCAAUUAAAAAAAUGA